AUGGGCAACAAGGCCUCCCUCCCCAAGCUGCCUGUGGAGGUGCACCCAGAGCACUCCAGGGCCGCUUGCUUGUACACGCUGACCAAGAAUGGCGCCGAGACCGAGAUCGAGGCAGACGUGGAAGUCUCGCUCCAGGGCAUCCGCAUCCUCGACCGCGCCCGGAACGGCGCGCCGGUCCUCACGGCGGACUGGGACCGCAUCCCCCACUGGAAGACCAAGCAGCCACACAGCUUCACCGUCACCGUCUGGAGCGAUGCGCGCUCCGAGUGCGUCAGCCACGAGCUGAUGGUGUCGGACCUCGCGGGCUUCAUCGCGGAGGUCGACCGCUACAUCGCGCUGCUCAUGUCGGGGCGCGUCGCGGAGCAGUGCCCCGGCGACGUCUACGAGGCCUGCGUGCAGUCGUGCCGCAAGAGGGACAACGACCUCGACCGCGUGGACGACAUCAAGGCGCUGCUGGCGCAGCACCGCGUGACGUCCGGGCAGGCGAUCGGGCUGCUCCGGCUCGUCGCGGACGACUUCGAGAAGGUCACGCUGGCCGCGGACGUGCACGCGCGGCUGGUGGACCAGCCCGGGUUCGGCAAGCUGCUGACGGAGCUGGGGGACAAGAUCGUGCAGGACAACGUGUGGGCGCGCGUGAAGGAGCGGCGGAAGGACGGGCGGCUGCACCAGAAGAUCUCCUCGCUGCGGGAGAACACCAGCAAGCGCCUCAUGGCCGUGCCCCCCGCGUGA